AUCGGGAUAAAAUACUGUAACAUAGGCAGUUGCCAAGCAACGUAGCAUCACGUGUGUGGCUUCGAUGCAGAAUCGAAUCCAUACGUUCAAAAAGGUUUGCUAGUUUACAAACUGUCCAGUAUGGGUUUAUAUCAUAGACUCUAAAAUAUAGCUUUAUAUCAGGGAUCUAGAGAGCUCAGUUUUCUGUAUUUCCAGUGCCACCUGUAUUUGUGUCCUGCCUCUUUAAAUCUCCCCGCCCAAUCAGGCAGCUCAUCAGCGCGUAGCCCAUCCUCUUCCGCCACAAACCAAAACACGGGAGAUUUAUUCAUCUCCAAGACAACGUGUUUUGAAACACUAAGAAUAAAGGAAUUAAAGUAUACAAUGGCUCAGGACGGGGUGAUACUUCAAUUCAACUUUUCCACAUUCGGGGACUCGAUGCUUCAAAAGAUGGAUGCUCUUCGUAGAGAUAGACGCUUCUGUGAUGUCAUCGUGCGCAUCAAUGAUUUAGAAGUCCCUGGACACAAAGUUGUGUUUGCUGCUGGCUCUCCCUUCCUCAGAGACCAGUUUUACCUUCAGGACUCGAAUGAGGUACAAAUAUCCACGCAACAGGACGCAGAGGUCGGAGAGCGACUUCUUCUGUCCUGCUACACAGGGACACUCGAGUUCCCAGAGCUGGAAUUGGUACACUAUUUAACGGUUGCUAGUUUCCUACAGAUGGGUCACAUUGUGGAGCAGUGCACUGAGGCUCUGAACAAAUUCAUAAAACCGCACGAGGUCAAAGAUGAAUCAUCUCGGCAGCCUUCGAAUGCUCAGCGUGCCUCAUCUCUCGUGGAGACGAUUUGUGAUGAUAAUGAUGAAGAUGAAGUGGACAACGAUGGGGAAGAUGACUCGGAUGAAGAUGACGAUGUGAUCAUAGAGCCAAAAUCCGCGCCUGCUUUUAGGAACAGAGAGAACAGUCCUAUCAGCAUCAUUAAGGUCGAGUCAAUAAAUGACCGAGUGCCGGACAUCACCGAAAACUUCCAGCGCUCGACUCGUUCUCCUGCACUGCGCUCACCGGAGCCUCAACAUUCCCUCAUAAACUCCACAGUAGAAACACGACCUACUGAUGCUGCCGUUAACCCUGCGGCCGAAUAUUCCCUGUCCUCACCGGGACCCAGUGGCUCUGGGAAGGGGAAUCUUUGGGGAUGCUCACGGAAUGCCGACAAAGGUAUGCAGUGGUACCAUCAGUGCCCAAAAUGUGCUCGCGUAUUCCGUCAAAUAGAAAACUACGCCAAUCAUUUGAAGAUGCACAAGUUGUUUAUGUGCCUCUUGUGUGGAAAGACGUUUACUCAAAAAGGAAACCUGCACCGGCACAUGCGGGUCCAUGCCGGCAUCAAGCCCUUUCAGUGUAAGAUAUGUGGCAAGACUUUCACUCAGAAGUGUUCGCUGCUAGACCAUUUGAACCUUCACAGUGGGGACAAACCACAUCGUUGUAAUUACUGUGACAUGGUGUUCGCACAUAAACCAGUUUUGCGCAAACACCUGAAGCAGAUUCAUGGCAAGAACAGUUUUGACAAUGCUAAUGAAGGAAACCUGCUAGAAGGACUAUAAAUUUAUAUUUACAUCUAAAAUGAUAAUUAUAUACAAGGUACAGAAUUUUUUUUUGUAUUGUAAACAUGUUCGUAGUUGUAUAAUCAGUGUACUAAAUUAAUCUGUUUAUACAAAUAGAAAAAAUUGUGUUGAAUUUACUUUGAAUGCUGCCAUGUAGGGUUGCACAAUAUAUAGUUACAGCAUCAACAUAGCAAUGGGCGCAUCUGCAAUAGUCACAACAUGGAAUAUGCAGAUAAUUUUUUUUAUGGGACAUUUCACAAAACUUUCUUAAGAUGUCAAAUUAAUAUUUGGUGUCCCCGGAGUACAUAUCUGAAGUUUUAGGAAAAAUUCAGAUUUUCAUGAUAUGUCCCCUUUAAGUAAAAUAUAGCAAGUGUAACCUUAUAUGAGAACCCAUUUAAAAAAGCAAAAGUUAGGUACAUAAAUACCACCACACAACUAUUUUCCUCAAGUAAAAAAAAAAAUGCAAGGCCGAAGUUAAAUCCUCUUUUUUCAGGUCUUCUGACAAAGUCAUCCAGGAGAUUUUAAUAGCGCGAUAUGUGCUGAAGAAAAAUUAAAAUUUGCAAUGCCCACCAGUCUCACCAAUAUUGUGCAGCCCUACUGCUGUGGCAUGAUUUAAGUCAUAUCUUUUGUAAAGACCACCAUGUACUGUUGCGGUAUAUCUGAAAAGAUUUUAUUUUAGUUUUGACCAAGCCAACACUGCUAAUUACUAAGAAUAUUCAUUUGUAUUUUCCAUUUUAAAUACAGCUGUGCUUGGACACUGUGUAAAAUUUGGUCUAUAUUGUGUCUCCAUAAUUUCACGUGUACUCACAACAUUGACUCUUUUAUUAAUAACAUCAGAUGUGAAAUGAA